GAGUGGGAAAAGACCGGCGUGCUCGAACGUGCUUUGCCGUCCGUGUUCUUCACAGUGGCACCAGCUGAGUGGCGACACAUAUUGCACGACGGCAUGUUCUGCGAGGAAUCCUUGACCGACCAGCAAGGUACGAUCACCCUUCACCUCUAUCACACUCUGCAGACGCUAUUAGACGUUCACCUCUUCAAAAAUGGGCAGAGCCUUGAGCGCAUCGGCGUCGCCAAGAUUCGGCAGUGGUCUUUCCGCUUCGAGUUUCAGUCCCGGGGCACAUUGCAUCUUCAUGCUGUCCUGUGGGCAGACCUACUACCAGGUUGGAGCGCAGAGAACAUCACUGGAAGAACAGGUACCCAGCACGACUCACCCUUCGUGGCCCUGCUCGAAGACCUUUUCAAGAGUCGUGCAGAUGUCCAGUGCGGGGACGGCAGCCACAACCUGCUGAUGUACGCGCAAACGAGCAGAUGGCGCCAAACAUACCGAUUGCUUUGCAAGAAAUCGCCAAUGGAGCAAGAAAUCAUUAUGGAGUUCGCCGGCCUGCCCAUGGUGAAGCAUUCCUUUACCGGACACGCCUUGUUCGCGCCCAUUCCAGGAAGUAAGGCGGCAAACAGCUCCCGCGAUCAGUACUCAAUCUACCAGUUCUACCUCACACAGGAUCAUGAAGUUCGCGGAUGCGCACGCGGAAUGAGCUACACGCAGUGGCUUCGACGGUUUCGCGUCGUCGACGUCAAGAAGAAGAUCGUCGCCAACAGAAACCAAGCCCCAUUCCUGAAGAAUUGUUCCUGUGGCAUUGUCAUGACCUUCCCAUUCGCUCUUCUGGACAUUUUCAUUGGAGCUUGGGCCGCAACCUUUAUGGAAGGCAUGGCGGAGUAUAGAUUGUUGCCCGACACCACAGACGACAACGCCAAUUACAGCAUGGAGUUUCUGGCAGAACGCACACGCCGAGCCUCCUUCCAGGCACCACAAGGCUGCCAGCAUCUGAAAGCAAUUUUGUGUCUGGAUGAGUUUCAGGUUGAAGGCGCUAACCCAGAGGUCUUCCACCCUGAAGUCGGCAAACUCCUGACGCAGAUGGAGACGGAACUCAUUUUCCGUGGCAUCGGCAGCGAUCGCACGGCCACCUUCAAGGCCAGAGUCCACGCUUGCGCAAUGCUCCUGCUCAGUGUACGAGAUGGCCGGGAAGAUCCGAUGACGUGGACAGCUCGACCAAUUGCUGCGCCUCCGCAGCGCAACUGGUCAGUCGAGCAGCAACAAGUCCUGACGUUCAUACGGUCAGGAACGAGCAUUAGCGACGCCGCAGCCAUGGAGACUUCGAGCCGACUCCUACAGGUCAGCGGCGGGCCUGGCACGGGCAAGACGGAAGUUAUCAUUGCUGCGGCGCGACAAGCUCUUGAUGACGGUUGUCGGGUCCUGAUAGCCGGGCCCAUCGGGUUGUUGGUCUCCAUGUACAGACUUCGCCUGCCCAACUCGGAGAACCUCACCAUGGAAACAAUCCACGCUGCCUUCCGCAUCGUUCGCGAUGCCGACGCAGCCUACAUCCCGCCAGGACGCCUUCGCCAGUACGACUUGAUCAUAUUUGACGAAAUCAGCCAAGUGGAAGCAUCAACAUGGGAAAAACUCAAAACGGCACUCGGUGAGCUCUCCCCAUGCCCCUUCGUGGUGUUCGUCGGCGACUUUCAGCAGCUACAGCCUCUCGCCGGUGGACCCGCUUUACAGCAAGACCUGCAUCGCCAAGUCGAAGCUAAAGAGUUGCCGCUCGUGGAACUUCACCAUCACGAAGCUGCUCGUUCGGUGGACCCCGACAUGCUGGCGUUUCUUGAGGUCGCUCGGGUUAGCCAGCCUUCAAGGAGCGCUCUCGAGCACUUUUUCCGCGGGCGGGUGUGGUCUUCCGAUGUUCAACAAGCAGCGCAGGCCGCUGAGCGAGUGGAAAACGCUGGCGGUGGCAUUUUCACCUUCCUCGCUGUGACGAACCGCGGGGCCGCCAGUCUCAACCUUGCACGCCUUGCUCUGGAGUUUGCGUCCGAGGCCGAAAUCAUCCGCAACGGCGGGGGCGUGCCUGCCGAGGUGGGCAAUGUAGUCAUUGCUCCCCGUAUGCGACUUCGCCUCACCCAUAACGUCGACAAGGACCGGGGCUUUGUGAACGGGAAUACGGGCAUUGUCUGCACUGUUCUCCGAAAAGAUGUUUUCGUGCUGGACAGCGCCCAGGGCAUCCCUAUCCUGGUGCAUCCAAUUACCCAGAAGGGGCGCAAGUUCCUCCCAGUGGCGUAUGGAUGGGCGACGACAAUGCGAAGAGCGCAGGGAGCAACACUAGACAAAGUCGGCCUAUGGUUCGACAGGCGCCUGCCCGACCGCGGCUAUGCCUAUGUCGGACUGUCUCGCGCCAAGCGACGAGAGGAUGUGUUCCUCGUAGGCAGAGUCAGACGCACAGAUUGGCGACCGGUCAACGGUGCCGACGACAAUGAGCAGAAUACGGUGUCUGCCCUCAGCGAGACCUCUGACUCGGAGGAUGAAAGAAGCACCGACAGCUCCGACAGUUCCUUUGGGCCAGGUUCCUCGGAUGUCAUGUCUGCCAGCAGCGAGCAAGCAUCAAAUUCCAGCUCCUGA